CCAUUACUGCACUCACGUCAAGCAGGCUGGCACCAGCCCAGACUGAGUCUUCGGCCCAGCUGGUGUCAAGCAGCCUGGGCACCCAAUCAGGCUGGACUAUCUUGGGUAAAAAAAAAAAAAAAAAAAAAAAAAAAAAAAAGCCUGCAUAAAAGCUCAGCCUGUGAGGGACCCAGACUGUUCUCCUGUGCCAUCCCUACAGUCCCUGUUCAACCUUAAGUCAAAUUGCCUUCUCCCCAGCUUAUUUUGCUUACACUUAAUCCAACCUCGUGAGUGACCAAGACACUGCCCUCUUGUGCAAACUGCAGAGCACCAGGCUCAGGCUGGGUCAGAGGAACAUCUCACCAGCCCAGACUGCCACCAUGAUUGUCGAGAUCUGUGCUGCAGCAACCUUCAUCUCCAAGUUCCUCUGCACCAAGGGCCUCAGGAAUGAGCAACAGCUACAGACCUUCAGCCAGAGCCUGCAGGAGCUGCUGGUAGAACACUACAAACACCACUGGUUCCCAGAGAAGCCCUGCAAGGGAUCGGGUUACAGAUGUAUUCGAAUCAACCAUAAGAUGGAUCCUCUGGUCGGUCAGGCAGCCCAGCAGAUUGGACUGAGCAGUCAAGAGUUAUUCAGGCUUCUCCCGAGUGAGCUCACACUGUGGGUUGACCCCUACGAAGUAUCCUACAGGAUUGGAGAGGAUGGUUCCAUCUGUGUGCUGUAUGAAGCCUCACCAGAGGGAAGUAGCUCUCAAAACAGCACCAAUGCACAAAUGGUAGAUAGCAGAAGCAGUUGCAAGGAGGAACCUCUUUUGGGCAGAAGCCCUUCUAAAAACUACAAUAUGAUGGCUGUGUCAGGUUAA